AUGAGCAAGAGUCACUUCAAAUGAGUUUACACGAAUGGAGUUUCUCAACAAUUAGUUGUAGUGUACAGGUCUGUUAAUUAUGAAUACGUGCAGUAUGAUUCGGGGGACAGGAGAACUGUGCAACUCCUCGGCCGCUGGAAGCACUAUUCCUGUCGAUGAUCUUGAAACCCAGUCCAAAUCUGUUACUCAGAAAUACAGUGAGGGGGAAAUAUUGCUUAGGAGGAAGCUAGCUACACUGUACCGUAUCAUGGAUCAUUUGGGCUGGACACAAGGUAUUUACAAUCACAUAACGGUGCGUGUUUCGCCAGGCAGUGACGAGUUCUUGAUUAAUCCGUUUGGCUUUCACUACAACGAAAUCACGGCUGGCUCCCUGGUCAAGGUUGAUGGUGAUGGCGCAAUCCUUGACGAGGGCUGCACACAGCUGGGUAUCAGUAAGGCCGGGUACACGCUGCACUCAGCUGUACACGCUGGCCGGCCGGACGUGCAGUGUGUCAUUCAUGUCCACACCGAUGUUGGAGCAGCGGUAUCAGCAAUGAAAAGAGGACUUCUGCCCAUCAGCCAAGAGGCAAUGAUUGUUGGUGAAGUCAGCUACCAUGAUUACAACGGGAUUUUUGUGGACGAGGCUGAACGGCAAAAGAUAAUUGAUGACCUGGGACCUAAGAACAUGGUGAUGAUCCUGCGAAACCAUGGACUUGUAGCUAUGGGUAGGACAAUCGAAGAAGCACUUCAUUAUAUCUAUAAUGUGGUGAAGGCCUGCCAAGUGCAAGUCCAUCUACAACAGCUUGGUCCUGAUAUGACUGAUGAGCUGACAGUACCUAGCAAGGCUGUACAAGAGGAUGUUGUCCGUGUCGUCACCAAGGGUGGUGGUGGAGUCAGCUCUGGCUCAUGGGGCAUUGGAGAGCUAGAGUUUGAGGCCCUUGUCAGGGAGCUGCACAGAAAGGGUUGUGCAACUGGUCUUCAGCUGAAAUCGGAACAACUCAUACGCCGGUGAAAGGACGGAAGCAGAACAUUUGGAAAUGUAUCUCCGUGAUUUACAAACAGAUGCCCUCUUACUUCAAGUACUACUGUGAUCACACAGCACUACACACUACUAAAUGUACCCGCUGUGACUGGACAGUAUUCCGCCCUGCCUAGGACUUCAAAAUUACUAGUGAAGGUAUUGUAAGAUGCUACAUUUGAACAUGGUGUUUGGCACAGCAUUUUGUUAUGUUGGGUUUGUGACCACUGGCAAGAUGUGGUAGUAGAGGUAGUGGUGGUAGUGGAGACAGCUUCUCUCCUACCUGCCUGCAUGCUGUAGACUCUUUCCGCUAAUGUAUCCGCCACUAUCCGCCUAUCCGCCACUAUCCGCCCUGAGCAGCUGUGCGACUCAGUACACCUGUGUUGUCCCUCAGUGGACCAUGGUGGACUCAGUGGACGACGGGUUUCGACUCAGUAGUGCCUCAGGAUGUUCCGGUGUGGGAGAACUUACACUGGUUUGGUCUGAAUGGGCACAGUUGAAGAGAAUGCAAGGCUGUUCAACACCGGAACACAGAUCUCUUCCUUUCCCCGAGGAUUCCUGUGGCAGUACGUCCAGGUUAAACACGAUGUGCGUAUUCCUACUUUUAGCCGAUAUCUCUACAGUGUUUUAGACUACACGUGGUGCUUAUAAUUUUGGGAGCAACCAGACAACUUACUUCCUUGCCUUUUAGAUCCCGCUUCAUUUCUCAACAUUCCAUAAUUUCACAUAGCUAUAUUCUCAUAGAUCAGCACAUCAGUUUGGGCCAUUCUUUGUACUGGAUUAGUUCACCUUUGUUCUCGGGUUGAGCUGUUUCUAGCAUCGCCUGGCAUAUCCUGACACCGGAUGUACAGCUUUUAGAACCACUUCAUCAUGGUGAUGAAAGGAACUUUAUCAAAACUAACUUAUUUUUUUAUCCAUCAUAUCUCGCCUGCUUUCAUUUUCCGUGGACUCAGCUGGUCUGGGUUUUAUGAUUCACAACGAACUCUGUUGGUCUGCAUUUCACGGUUUGCAAUGAGCUCAGCUGACCUGGGUUUCAUAGUUUCCUGUUUCUGGUUAGCUCCGGCACUGUUCUACAUAAGUCAUUGCCCCGGUGGUUUAUGUGUGGUGAUUCCUUUGUUCACCCGCUUGUACAUGUACCUGCCCACUACAGUGGACAGUGGAUUGUGUCAUCAGUUCUCGUAAUGCAAGAUGUACCCAUUUGA